CUCAAGUUAGCUUGCGUUAGCUGCUGUCAGCAUCUUGUAGCAGUGCAACCUUAGCUGACGAGCUGACAGAACCUGUCACCGGCUGUGGCAGUAUGAAAUACUUGUUUAAUUGUCAUAAGAGUUUGAGUUCACCGGUGAGAACCUUGUCAAUUAAGGUUUCCCCGCAGGAUUGCAGCUGUUCGACUUCCAACCAUGGACCAAGACAACACUUCUGAGGAUGAGUCGGUUUGUCCGUCGGAGGAGCCUUCAGAAGACGAUCACCCUUGUAUACCGCCAGGCCUAUCGGAUGGUGAAUCCUUGGAAAUGCUUUGGCAAUUGCGAGAGCAACGUCGACAGCGUUCACCUAACCUCCCUGAGACAGUUACUCGCCUGACUGCUCCUGAUGGCAGCACACUGUACUUGGUGGGCACAGCCCACUUCAGCGAGAGCAGCAAAAAGGAUGUUGCCACAACGAUCCGAGCGGUGCAACCAGACGUAGUGGUGGUGGAGCUGUGCCAGUACAGAGUUUCCAUGUUGAAGAUGGAUGAGAACACACUGCUGAAGGAAGCAAAAGAUAUUAACCUGGAAAAAGUUCAGCAAGCUAUCAAACAGAAUGGAGUCAUGUCAGGCCUGAUGCAAAUCCUGCUGCUGAAGGUCUCGGCUCACAUCACCGAGCAGCUCGGCAUGGCUCCUGGCGGAGAAUUUAGAGAGGCCUUCAAAGAGGCUGGACAGGUGCCAUUCUGCAAAUUUCACCUCGGGGAUCGGCCCAUCCCUGUAACGUUCAAGAGGGCCAUCGCCGCUUUGAGCCUUUGGCAGAAGGCCCGACUCGCCUGGGGGCUUUGCUUUCUCUCCGAUCCGAUCAGUAAAGAAGACGUGGAGAAGUGCAAACAGAAGGAUCUUCUGGAGCAAACCAUGUCAGAGAUGAUAGGAGAGUUUCCUGCUCUGCAUCAGACCAUCGUGGCUGAGAGAGACAUCUACCUCACUCAUACGCUGCGUCAGGCUACUCGCGGUGUUGAGUCGCCCUCUAGUACUCAAAAAGUGCCUGCUGUUGUGGUGGGAGUGGUCGGCAUGGGUCACGUGCCCGGCAUAGAAAAGAACUGGGAGAAGCAGCUCAACAUUAGCGAAAUCAUGAGCGUUGCACCUCCAUCGUCCUUCAGCUGGGUCUUGGGAUUGGUGAUCAAGGGUGUCAUGGCAGGAAUGCUGGGAUACGCUUGCUACCGCGUCGGAGGAAGUUUAGGUCGCGUCCUGCUGUCCGCACCCACGGUCCAGUCAGUCCUGGAGAGUCUGCGGCUGACACCUGCCUGACCCAAAGCCAUUAGCGACUCAGUCGAGAAAUCAAUGCAUUAUUCACCAAUGGCCUUAAAUGGAGAGGUGACGCUGAUGGAACCUGAACUCUCAUGACCUUGGAGCCUCACACCUCACAGUAACAUCCCUGUUGCAUCGGAACUGCCAAAGAAAACACAAUGGUACUUUUCAUGUCAACGUUUUGGUGAAUACUUUUUUGUAAAGUUUCAACAUGCCGAUGAUUGUUUAUGAAUAGUCGUACCACCCAUCUGUUUACUCUUAAACACAAAUGUUUGAUUUUAGGAACUUCAGUGGCCUAUUAUUGGUCUUGCUCCUUUCUAACUUUGCACUUUUAAUAAGACAGUCAACUCUUUCAUGAACACUUGCAUGUUUCACGAAUAUUAAGGUCGACUUCUGUCGAGUUCUGGGGUUUGUUGAGGCUUAACUUAUUUUAAAUGGCUGGAAGCUCCCACGCUAUAGGUGAAGUGCCUAACUGUGCAGCUAUAAGGGCUAACAGAAUCCCACAAAAUUGGUCUUUCAUGUGUCACACAGUGUCACAAAAACGGAUAUAUCAGUUCACGACAAGUGCACUUCUGGUGCUUCUGGAUUGAAGAAAUAACUUAUCAUGAAAAAUAAAUUGACUCAUUUUUUCCCUGUAUUUAUUAUGUUUGUGUAAAAUGUGACUCUUGGUUAUUUGGAAAUAGUCUGCUCAGUUUAUCUUUGUUAUUACAGAAAACAGUCUAUUUAACAAUAAUAAUUGUUCUUAAUAAAAGUGGCAUUCUGAUCCAGCAUUCAUGUGCAAUUCUGAAGUGAUGUCAAGUCAGUUUCCUGGCUUCCAUUGCUACAAUCUAAAAUAAUAUGUAUAGCUAAGUUGGAAUUUAAUAAAUGUGGAUGUGUGUUGGAAUGAUAAUGCUGCAAAGCCAAUAUUGAAAACUUAUACAUAUCAAAACACAUCAUCUUGCCAUAAGAGUAGUUAAAUGCAUGAUUUUCAAUUGCAUUAUUUUACUUUUAUCAUGAGCACCUGCAUUGAAUUGACCAUGUUGCGUGUAACUCAUGUGCCUCAGGUUGACACACAUCUACUCAAUAUAUAUUUUUUUGGUUGCACGGCCUCAGACAACAUCAAUGCCUGACAAUAUCAUAGAAAAUAUGCAUCAUCCUGCGCUGUCCCCAGGAAUCUGCUUUUGGUUUGUGAAAUUUGUUUUUCUGGGAAAGAGAAUAAACAUGCAGAAUUUUGCUUUGUUUGGUGGCUAGCAAGUGAGUUGAUAUUCAAGGUCAGCCUGAAUCUAGAGGUCAGGCCUUAAACACUGCUGCUUCUGACCUGUGAUAAGGCUUGUUACUCUCCAUCCUGACUUGUAUCCAAAAUUUAAGAAAAAAAAUUCAUUCAUUUAAUAAAACCAGCAAUCUUCAGACAAGUACACUGAUUUCCUGAAUUGUAAUCGCAGCAUUUGAGUUAUAAUCAACAACUAACUGCAACUGUCUUCCACAGCAACAGAUCCACGUGUUGAACUUUUGUCUUGUCCUGCUCUUUUCCUGCUAAUCCCACCAAACCUGUUUGUCUCAGUUUGCCUGUAUCUUGCCAUAUUUUGCAUUUCCAUGAGCCUGUUUCAACUAAAAUAUUGUAAUCUGCAUUCAUUUGAAUUAAAGAUGAACUAUA